AUGUUCUUCUUGACCACCACAGUGCUUGCCUUUGUUAUUCGAAUAUUUAUCGCACUUUGUACACGAACAGUCUUUCAACCUGACGAAUACUUCCAGGCGCUUGAACCUGCGCACCACAUUGUCUUUGGCUAUGGUCACCUUACUUGGGAAUGGCUUAGUCCUCAACCAAUUCGCAGCAUCGUCUAUCCGGCAUUGAACGUGCCCAUAUAUUGGAUCUUGAAGCAAACAGGCGUUGACAGCUAUGGGAGGCUUGGUGAUUUUCUAAUGGUCAACAGUCCGCGCGUGUUACACGGCUCGUUUUCAGCUCUCACCGACAUCUGGCUUUGCAAACUUACGCGUCGGACGAUUGGAGGACGCUACGUGUCCUCUGCGUUGUUUCUCUCCUUAACAUCGCUCUUCCAUGCCCUGUCGUUGUCUAGAUCCCUGUCCAACUCUUUGGAAACUUCUUUAACCACCAUAGCGCUAACUUACUAUCCGUGGAAUGGCUUCUUCGCUGCUCAAACAAGAUCGGACAUCCAGAAAAUGCUUUUCUUUGCUGCAAUGGCAUGCUCUGUUAGAAUCACUAACACGAUUAUUUGGGCCUUUCUUCUUCCUUCCCUUUUCUGGAAGAUGCGGUCCAAUUCUAAAUUAUUGAUAAUGAGCUCUUUUGACAUUGUGAUCAUAGGAGGCGCAACAAUAGGAAUAAUCUUCGUUUUGGAUACGAUAUACUACGCGCAGCCGACCUUCACUCCGUUCAGCUUUCUGGUUACCAACCUCUCAGGUGUCUCUCUGUUCUACGGCAAUAGCCCAUGGCACUACUACCUCUCUCAAGCUCUUCCAAUCUUGUGUACUACGUCAUUACCUUUCGUCCUGGAUGGAAUCUGGUCGACAAUAUACUCUGGGAAUCCCGCCUUACAAACACUCCUUGGAGUAAUCGUUUGGACUAUCGGUGUAUAUUCCCUCUCUGGGCACAAAGAAUGGCGGUUCAUUCAUCCCCUUCUUCCCAUAUUGCACAUCUUGGCUGCGAAAUCCUUGGUUGAACGAUCCUCGCACAAGGUAGAUAUCAGGGAGAAGUCCAACACCCAACGCAUUCCCAUUCGGAGAGCGUUUCUUGGUUUACUGCUCGUUACAUUGCCCAUAUCAGCAUGGAUUGUGUUUGUUCAUUGUAGUGGACCUCUCAGUGUAAUGUCCUAUAUCAGGAACAUACCGGAAAACGAGCUCCGCGGCGGUGUUGUAGGGUUCUUAAUGCCUUGCCAUUCUACACCCGGUCAUGCAUAUUUGCAUCGACCUCAGCUCGCGAAUGGCGGUCUAUGGGCUUUGGGAUGUGAGCCUCCGCUGAACAACCAAAAUCUCAGCGCAUAUCGCGAUCAAACCAAUAUAUUCUUCGCUAAUCCUCAUCAAUAUCUAUUAGACCGUUUCCCUAAUCACGUAAACCCUGCCUUUCCAAAGUCGCCGCACCCAGCUUCAAUACCAGGACAAUCGAUAUCCGACGAUGCAUGGCUCCACGAAUGGCCGAGAUAUCUAGUGUGUUUCGGUGCUCUGUUGGAGGAACACGGAGUCAGGGAACAUCUAGUGGGGAGAGGUUACGAAGAAGUGUGGAAAAGUGGGAGAUCUUGGGAAGGAGACAGUGAUACAAGGAAAGGUGCGGUCAGAAUAUGGAAGUGGCGAGAAAAGAGUUGA